AUGCCGUACUCUUUCUGUGGAUUUUCCCCGAUGUUGUUUGGUCGGAAAAUACCGGUCAAACUUCCCCAGGGACAAACUCCCCCUCAGCCUCAUGAAUCUAAGGCACCCAAGAAUCGAAAGGAAAUUAUACAGGUUGCCAAGAAGGAAAGUUCAUCAUCUCAAUCAACAUUCAACUUCAUUUUGAUCAUGGAGCUUAGGAAAAAGAUCAUAGCUUUCAGAGAAUUAUUUGAUCUACCACUUCCUAAUACAUCAGUUUCAAUGGAUCAGUUGCUGAUAGGGACAAUGAAAGACCUAAAUAAGUUCUGCCCUGAAAGCAUACCAAAUUUCCGAAUUUCAGAGUUGAAAAGAUUAUCUCUUGAUAAGGUGCUGGUAUACUUUUGCAAGUCAUUGCAAGGCCUUGGAGACACGUCAAAGAUGAGUGAUAAGUGGAUAUACAAAUAUAAAUACGAUAUAUAUGAGCAUGAUAAUGAAAAAUGCAAAAAAGUUGAUAAACUCGUUGAAAUUGCUGUGGAAACACUCAAUGGAUUGAUUAAGAUAGCGAGGGAGAAAUUCGACAUGACCGAUGAAGAUGAUGAGAGCAGGGAGUUCAGUUUGAAGGCGAAAACGUUCGGAAAGGUCUUGAAGGAGUCUUAUUUGGAAAACAGCUCGAGUUGCCCUUCUCCCGUGACACCAACGUCAGUACUUCCUGAGGGGACGAAUGGUUCACCAAAAUCCUCAUCAUCUGCUUUGUUACCGAUCAGGGUUCAAUCCACAGAGAAACUGAACCCUGACCAUGUGAAGCGGCUCCCGUUAGAUAUGCUUCCCAAGGUUCGAGUCCAUGUUCCUAGCUCUUUGAACCAAAAGAAGGCUACCAAUGAGAAACAAAAGAAAGAAGUAACGGGCAAUUCUCCAGUGAGAAAAGCCUCAAUUGUUGAUGAAACCGGAGAUUUCAGCUUUCAAAAUGCGAAAUUAGAUGUUCCGCUUUCUAAUUCAAACAAUGCUGAUAGUGAUAAAACAAAGUUCUCAUCAAAUGCAGCACUGCCAUCAUCACCACCAGAGAUGCAACCUUCCAAGUUGUUGAAAGAUAAAGAAGUGGUUGCCGAAAAAUCACCACGACCACGACCUCCAUCGGCAUCACUAGUGCCUUCACUGCCAACAUCUCCAUUGCCAUCAGCAUCACCAUUGCCUUCAACGCCAACAUCUCCAUUGCCAUCAGCAUCACCAUUGCCUUCACCACCAACAUGUCCAUUGCCUUUGCCUUCACAAGCAUCAUCAGCUGAAGUUUCAUUGCCUACGCCACCAUCAAAGAGAUCAAAGAUGUCAACAGAUAUGGACAGAGACAUAAAAUUAAGUCCACCACCACCAGCAGGACUAUCAGCUGAAGUUUUGCUGCCAAUCCAGCCAUCAAAGCUUCCAAAAGAUAUCGGAGUAGAUAUAAGAUCCUUAGCGCCAACAGCACCACCAUUGUUGCAGCCAAAUGUAGUAUCAGGAGGACCACCAAUACCACCGUUGUUACUGCCAAAUGUAGUCUCAGGAAAACCAUUAGCACCACCUUUGUUGCAGCCAAAUGUAGUAUCAGGAGGACCACCAUUUCCCCCACCCCUAACAUCACAACCAACUGUAGAAGCUGCUCAAGCAACAUUGGUAGCAGCAGCCAGAAUCCCAUUGCCGCUUCCACGGUCACCUCCACCUCCAACCUCAUCGAAGCCAAUUGUAGUGGCUACAGGAGCACCCCUUCCGCCACCCCCUCCAAUCACGUUGAGUUCAAAAGUAGAGCUUAAUGGAGCACCACUUCCAGUUCCACCACCACCUCCACCCCCUGGAACAACAUCAACAAUACCACAACCUCCUCCACUGGCUGCAGCAAAAGCCUUGAGCCCCAAGAAAGCAAAUACUAAACUGAAGAGACCAUGUCCGGUGAGUAACCUAUAUCGGGUUCUUAGGGGCAAAGUAGAAGGAUGUCCAUUGCAAAGCAAAUCAUCUAGUGAAAAAUAUAUUGGCGUUGGAAGCAUACCUAGUGGAAAACAAGAGAUGGCUGAUGCAUUAGCAGAGAUGACAAAGAGAUCAGAUUACUUCCAACAGAUUGAAGAAGAGGUCGAGAAAUAUGCAAAAUCAAUCACAGAGCUCAAAACCGCUAUCAGCACAUUCAGUACCAAUGACAUGACAAAGCUCCUCAAGUUCCACAAACAUGUGGAAUCCAUUCUCGAAAACGUAACAGAUGAAAUUCAGGUUCUAGCAAGAUUUGAAGGAUUCCCCAAUAAAAAAUUGGAAGCAUUAAGGACAGCGUCAGCCCUUUACUCGAAGUUAGAAUCAAUGAUCACUGUGCUUCAAAACUGGAAUUUUGAGGUUCCUCUGGCCGAGCUUCUUGACAAGGUUGAUCAAUAUUUCAACAAGAUUAAAGGGGAAAUAGAUACCUUGGAGCAAACCAAAGACGAAGAAUCCAAGAAAUUUAUGAGCCACAACAUCGAGUUCGACUUCCAAAUUCUUGUACAAAUCAAAGAAGCAUUGGUUGAUGUUUCCUCCAACUGCAUGGAGUUAGCUAUGAAGGAGAGAAGAGAAGUAAAGUUGAUAGAAAAUGAAGGGUCCAAAACCAAAGCUGAAGCACAAAAGAAAGGGUGCGUUAAAAUGCAAUGGAGGGCUUUCCAUUUGGCUUUCCAGGUUUAUACAUUUGUCGGAGGACACGAUGAUUGUGCCGACAUCCUGUCCCGAGAACUGGCUGAGGAAAUCCGGACCGACCCUCAUCAUGCAUAGCAGUAAUGCCUAUGCGAAGUUCAUACUGAAUUAAGUUACAUAUAAACUAUAUAUAGUGCUUGAGAAACUUCAGGUAUUGAAGCUUCCAAGUGCUUUGAAAAUCAAUGCUAUUUUUGCUAGCGUUGUGAUUUUGAAGAUGAACCAGUUAAACUCUUCAGCUUGAGAUUGUAAU